AUGGGCCUUAGCCCACCAAGCCGGCCCAACGUCUCAGCCAGCCCACCUACCCCAUCGGUCGCCUUCGCCUACUGUUCUCCUGGCGCGACCGCUACAGGGACACGUCCCUGUCGGACCAGCUCGCCGGCGCCGCCCCGAGGGGAUAAGGGCGCCGUCCCCUCGACGCCUCGAGCCCUCCCGUCCACUCACCGCUCCCCACUUGCGCCCCCUCGCUCUCUCUCUUGCCCACGCACUCGUCACCUCCUCCAGAUCCAUCGCCGAGCGCGGUCGUUGCCGCUCGCCUCACUCUGCCAUGGCCAGCAGGCACAUCUCGCCUCGCCGUUGUGUCCACAAAGAACGCCGUCGUCCGUUGCAUCUACUACGGAGACGAAACGAGCCGGAACCCCUUCCAUCGUCGAGCCGGCCCUCUGCUUCCACCUCCGGCCACCGAAGGCCGCCGCCGUCGUUCUGCUGCACCGAGCCUCCCCCGAGCCCGCUCAUGCACAUCUGCAGAUGGUGGAGUCCAGGAGCCAGAUGCCACCUUUGACGACUGCUACUACACCGAGGGCGUCUACUACCACGUGACGGAGACCGCCGAUGACCAGGAGUAGUUAGGAGG